CACCGACUCUUCACAGCACCAACAACUACCACUCAACCACCUCUCAACUUCGUUCGGUAACUUCGAUAACUACUUCUACGUGUUCAAUAAACCCGGAAGAGCCAUCCCACUGCCAACAUGCGCGAGAUUGUUCAUCUUCAGACCGGCCAAUGCGGUAACCAAAUUGGUGCCGCCUUCUGGCAAACGGUUUCUGGCGAGCAUGGCCUUGAUGGUUCGGGCGUGUACAAUGGCACCUCUGAUCUUCAGCUCGAGCGCAUGAAUGUUUACUUCAACGAGGCUUCCGGUAACAAGUUCGUGCCCCGUGCUGUCCUCGUCGAUCUUGAGCCUGGUACCAUGGACGCAGUUCGUGCUGGCCCAUUCGGUCAGCUUUUCCGCCCAGAUAACUUCGUUUUCGGCCAGUCUGGUGCUGGCAACAACUGGGCUAAGGGUCAUUACACUGAGGGUGCUGAGUUGGUCGACCAGGUCUUGGACGUAGUCCGUCGCGAGGCUGAGGGUUGCGACUGCCUCCAAGGUUUCCAAAUUACCCACUCACUUGGUGGUGGUACCGGUGCUGGUAUGGGCACUCUCCUUAUCUCCAAGAUCCGCGAGGAGUUCCCCGAUCGUAUGAUGGCCACUUUCUCUGUGAUGCCAUCUCCAAAGGUCUCUGAUACCGUCGUCGAGCCGUACAACGCUACUCUAUCUGUGCACCAGCUUGUCGAGAACUCUGACGAGACCUUCUGCAUUGACAACGAGGCUCUCUAUGACAUCUGCAUGCGUACUUUGAAGCUCAACAACCCAUCUUAUGGCGAUCUCAACCAUCUCGUGUCUGCCGUCAUGUCUGGCGUCACUACGUGUUUGCGCUUCCCCGGUCAACUGAACUCUGAUCUCCGCAAGCUGGCUGUCAACAUGGUUCCAUUCCCCCGACUUCACUUUUUCAUGGUUGGCUUCGCUCCUCUCACUAGCCGUGGCGCUCACUCCUUCCGCGCCGUCACAGUUCCUGAGCUCACUCAGCAGAUGUUCGACCCGAAGAAUAUGAUGGCGGCUUCUGACUUCCGCAACGGCCGCUACCUCACCUGCUCUGCUAUCUUCCGUGGCAAAGUCUCUAUGAAGGAGGUUGAGGACCAGAUGCGCAACGUUCAGAACAAGAACUCUAGCUACUUCGUUGAGUGGAUCCCCAACAACGUUCAGACCGCUCUCUGCUCUAUCCCACCACGCGGGCUCAAGAUGUCCUCCACCUUCAUUGGUAACAGCACCUCCAUUCAGGAGCUCUUCAAGCGUGUCGGUGACCAGUUCACUGCCAUGUUCAGACGCAAGGCUUUCUUGCACUGGUACACCGGCGAGGGUAUGGAUGAGAUGGAGUUCACCGAGGCUGAGUCAAACAUGAACGAUCUGGUUUCUGAGUACCAGCAGUACCAGGAGGCCUCCGUAUCCGAAGGUGAGGAGGAGUAUGACGAGGAGGCUCCUAUUGAACCGGAGGAGUAAACGCGCGUCAGGUCAGUUGGCCUAGUUGCUCUUGCGCAGAACCUGCUCUUAAGGAAGUUGCAAUGGUCAAAACGUUCAGAUAUGUUUCAUGUUCGCCUUUCUUGGGGAGCAUGAGAUGUGGACGAUGGUGGUUUACUUAUUGGUGAUUACACAUAAUGGAUGCUCCUCUCACUGUAGCGUUCCAUGUUCUCUUUUUUGCCUAUAGCUUCUGCUAGUAAAGAUAAAUACCAAUAUUUGCAAUGGAAGAUACGUGAUUCACUAAA